GUGAAACAAUAAUUGACUCCAGCUACACUUGAUUGUUCCAGACGAAUGAUUACAGAUUUGAAGUUCUGUAGGCCGUCACCGCAUGAUCAUGGGCUAUGUCUAUCUGGAAAUUCAGAGAACAGUCGGAUCCACCUGAUCUCGGUGUCUUCGCGCGCGUAAAUUGCACUGAUGUUCCUUUUACUUGUGUAAAAAACUACCCUCUUCCUCAUGUAGAUAGUAGACGUAGUUCAUCUUUAAUCGAAACAACAUGCUUUAGGCUUUAUUGUUCCAAGCAUCUGAAGAGCACACUAAAGUAAACUAUCAAAAUGAGAGCUUUGCUGGGUCAUUGGGUGUGUCGGGAGGAGCUCGAGAGUGAUCCUAUUGCUGCGGCGUGGCAUCAGUUCUGGGCUGAUGGAGAUCCGGAUGCUAUGCCUGACGCAAUAAACUCUUCGCUUGCUUUCUCCUUGCAAGAGGAGCAGAGUCGUGAUGAGAAGGAGCAACACCAGAGUGCUGACGAGGAACCGGACGAUUCAACGGCAAACAUCUUUGUUCCUGUUGGAUUUUUAUGUCGCGAAACCGACGGUCUGGGCCAUGAGUUUUCCAGCGUGUUGCACGUCGGCUCUGUGGAUACUGUUCCUACUGACGCGUUGGAGGUUCUUAGUAAGCAAGCAGGUGGCCCGAACAGCUUCUCUAAGAGCUUCUGUAGUUGGCGAACAAGUUCAUCAAAAUCUCAAGCCGCAACUACUGCUUCUACUUCGACAGCCUCCACAACAUCCCCGAUCUCUGAUCCCUCCAUAGCCGCAGGUACAGGUUAUGGCGGUGCGGUGCCUGAUGACAGCGAGGAGUCCGAUGAAGAUGAUAAUGCAGGAGAAUGGGCGCUACUAGAUGUUGCGGACGGGCUUAUCAGAUCCGGAGAAGAAUCUGCGGAUGACCAGUUGCAUAGUUUUUUGACCAAGUCGCUCAGUAAUUCGCUCAUGCCGGCAGAAAAAUCGGCGGUCGGGAAGUCGCCAAGCUUGCAGACGAUACUGAAAGCGUGCGCAAAAGUACUCAACCACUAGUCACAAACCAGUAGACAGCUUCGAAUGAUUUAGACUGUAGUUCACCUUGUAGUUGUUAAUCUUUUCAUUGGGGCUCUUCAUGUUCAUUUCUAUACUCGUGUUUCGCAUCAUUAAUCAAGGUGAGCUUGCCUCUGGGGGACCAGGAGAAGAAGCCGUGGGAUCAGAAACGGGAGGCUAUCUGCUGCAGUUUAUUGGCUACAGCUGUAAAAACAUCGCCAUGUUGGUACCACCUGUUUGACAAUGAGAGACGGACUUUAUAUCGAUUGCAACCGAUCACAAGGGACGGGGUUCGUGGAUUUUGGGUGCGUAGUUUCCGAUUAGGGACUGAUGCUGCUGGAGAGGAAGUAUUGUGUGUUUCCGAAAAGGUUUUGAAUAUGCGAGGUCAGCGCGCUUGGUAUUUUGGCAGAGAUCGCGAAACUAUGUAUCUGCGAAGUGAGGAAUUUGCUGUUCAACAAGAACAAGCCUCGUGUUGAUGACGAGUCGAGCGUUGGGUAAAAGGAGAAGCUACCCUUGUUACUCUUGAGUAGGUCAACCGACAUCUUCAAAUUGCGGCAGCAAUCAUCGUUGUACGUGGUAUAUUAUAAACUACAUCAAUGUUCUUUUAUAUUUUUCGCUCUGUGACGGGAACGGAUAACGUCAAUUAAGAACUUGCCUGGUGGCUGGUAAACUCUAAUUGCAUCUGGUGGCUUCAGUGCUGCUCUUGCGGGAAAUUAC